UACAAUAUGUCUACUGAAAAUAACGUAAGCAUGUUUAAAAAAGUACGUCAGCAUUUAAAAACUUAAAUAAUCAAAGAUCAUAUCAGAACUAGUAUAGGACAAGAUCAAACGAUAAAAACAGAUUAUAAUUUGUAAAAUUCCAUCAAACCUGCUUUGCUACAAUAGCGACCUGCGCAUUCGUCUACUGCACAGCUGAGUCUAAGCUGGCAUACAACUUUCAUUGACAUCGCCAUGAAACGAAACGGCUGUAAAAUAACCUCUAUGGAAAGUGUUAAAAAAUGAUACUUUUCACGAAACAUUGUUGACAAAUUAUUAUAUAUCGUCUUUUUGACAAACAGGCACGCUAGUAUAAAAUGCGGCCUCAAAAGUUUCGUAUUCCCUGCGAUAGCGAAAGUUUUCCAAACUUGGAUCGAAAGACACUGGUUGUUUCGGUUUUUGGCAAAAGUCAAUUUCGAGCCAAAGGUUGCAAGGCUGGAAUGUUCAGUUCUGUACUGCAAGUGGACCUCCUCGAAGAGCCAACUAUUGAUGAGAAUUUAUUUUGUGAAAUAGAGGGCUAUCAUGAUCCAAACACAAGAACUGUUUACCUGCAUUUAAACGGACUUCUAGACACCUAUAAUUUAGUAAAUGAAUAUGAUCAAUUUAUUGAAAAUCAAGAGCGCAAAGACUUUCUUAGUGCCUGGGCACAUAUGAGAAAUAAAUACUCAAGAGCACUGCUGGUACUCUUUCAUUUGUCUCAUGUCGUAAUUCUCAGCCAUCCAACUCACAAUUUUGACCAUAGCUAUGUUCAUUUAUUCAGAGCUCUUGAUGUAGUCAGACAAAAAACUUCAGACCAUUUAUCUGAUGUUCUGAGUACAAUAUCAGGCUUACCUAAAGAUUGGGUGUCAUAUGGAAGGCCUUGCUCACCACGUGUUUUAUUUUAUUUUGAAACCUGCCCAUCGUCGUUUCGUAAUCCACAAAAUGUAGCCAAUAUUAAGAAACUUGAACAUUCUUUAGAAGAUAGAAUAUAUCAAGUUUUGAGGAAGAACAGAAUAGUUACUAAUAUAAGCUCAAAUUCUUUGUUUGCAAUUCCAGCAAAUCAAGAAUUUGUAUUUGUAAAUACUGGUAAUCCUGACACUAGAGAUAUUCUAGCUUACAUGACUAAACAAUUGAUCAAAAGUUGUACAGUUACACCUGGUGUAUCAAGCUCAAAAAGUUUUGUAAAUAGUAAUCUGGUAGAUAAUUUUAAUGAUACUGGAGAAGACUUACACACAUUCAAACGGUUUCUUCAGCAACACAUUAGCUUAGCUUUUUCGAAAGGCUUUGAUGAUAAUGUGGGUCGUCAUGCAGCUCCAGCACAUUUUGAGAUACCAACGUUAUCACUAUUCUUUACUGUAGCCAACAAAUUGCAUGAAUUUUUUUUAAAAGGAAAUGAUAAAGGUCUUCAGAGUCUUCAUGGCCUACUAGAUACUGAUGUAAAGUUUAGCAAAAGCCGUUGUUCUAAAGUUUUACCCAGAGCUUUACAAGCUUAUCAAGAAAAUCUUCCGCAACACUACACUAGGGCCUAUCAUGAAUCGAAACUGGCUCAUGCAAUGGCUGUGUUUGAAAUGCAUGCAAGAGGACCUCUAUUUGAAGAAUUCAGUAAAAAAUUACAAGAAGAAUGUGAUAAACAUUGGCGAAAUGGUCGCCAAAUGUGCCAAGUUUUGUCACUCACUGGAAAUCCUUGUACAAAUCCCAUUCACAAAGGUGGUGGCGAGGGAGCUGGUGGUGGAGAAAUUCUUGAUACAAGAGAAGAUUUUAAUGAUCUGCCAAUUAUAGAACAUUGUAGUGGUGUAAGAUAUAUUUGUGCCUGCAAUUGCGGAAGAUGUCAAGGAUCACGUGAAGAUCCUUUCAAUCUCAAGCAAGCCAAUUAUGAUUAUUACCAAAUGUUAGCAAUGCAAUGUGGAUGCAAUCAGUUGGAAUGCUACAAUUUUCCAGUUUUUCAACCUAGCACUCACAAUUUCAGGGCAGCACAAUUAUUUUCUACUAAUCGUAAAGAUUCAUUAAAAGGUGAAGUUUCUACACCACAAGGUCCAACACAAGUCUGCAGUUUGGGAAUAAAUGUAUCCACUGCAGAUGAAAUCACAGCUUAUGGAAGUGGUGGACAAUCACCUCCAGCACAAAGUGAUCACAUCAAUGAAGAGGGUGACAAAAUUAGUUUCACCCCAGGUGAUGAGAACAAAGUUGUCAUCGCUGUCGCAGAGGCUGAUCCUGAUAGUUCUAAAGAUAAAUCUUUAAAUAGACAGCCGUCCACAACAGAAUAUUUACCAGGAAUGUUGCACAGUGAAUCUCCGUCUGGUUUACUUCCACAAUUCUCGAGCUGGUCUUUAAUAUGUUUGGGAUCAAGUAGUAUAUAUUCCCAUAACAUAGGAUUACAGCACCAGUCUGGUGUUCUUGGUUAUUCUGCAUUUUUACUGCCUUGGGAUGUUACUGUAAGAUUGGAGCACCAAAAAGAUAGAGGCUCUCUGUGGUCUUAUGCAAAUGAUAAUAAUCAGCACGGUUUUUGCUCCCGUGGUAAAAAUUAUCAAAACAUGAAUAUGAUGCGUGGAAGAAAAGCAAAAAGAGGAAAAGAACUACUUGUAAAGAUAUUCGUUGGAUUUGAAUAUGAAUGUCCUCGAGGACAUAGAUUUAUGGCUUGUACACCAGAUAAAAUAUUAAAAGUAACUGGAAUUGGCCCAAUGAAGGAAAAUGCAAAUAAAGUUACAUCUAGUACAGCGGAUAUGCCUUUAUACUUUCCUUGUCCUUGCAGACAACCCAAGUCUUUGAUUGCACAGCUAAUGAGAAUUCAUGUUGUCACACCCAAAGCUCCAGUUCAUAUAACAUUGAAUCCACGAGUUCAACCUGCUCCAGCUCCAUGUCCAACCUUUGUAACUGGAUGCGAAGAGCCUGUAAAACUUUCACAAAGUGCAUAUUGGAUUCUUAGACUUCCUUAUGUCUACUUGGGAGAUAAGGCUCCAUAUUUGCCGCCCAAGGAACCAGUUCCUAUAUCACACGGUAGACUACUUGCAGGUAUAUUUGGUAUCAGUGAAGUAGUGAGCGACAAGAAGUAAGAAAAAGUAAAUAAAAGAGAAUAUGUGACUGAUCUUCCACCAACUGUAAAUUUCUUAUAUUUUUUGUAUUACUUUUUUAAUUAAAAGCUUGUAAAUAUCUAAUAAAAGAGGUCAUCCUAUUUCUAUAAAACCAACGUUUAAUUCACCAAUUGAAAAAUUAAUGUUCAUCAGAUUUACAAAACUAAUAUUUGCAUAUUUGCGGAAAUAUUCAAAAAUAGAUA